AUGCAAACCGUUAUUCGUUAUGAAGAACAAGAAAAUUCAGAGUCAAAUAUUACACUGGAAGGAUUAAGAUUUUUAAGAAAAUUGCUUAAAGAAUAUAAACACUAUUCUCAAGAUUCAUACCUUCAAGAAUCAUAUUCUCAGGACUCAUGCCUUCAAGAAUCGUAUUCUCAGGAUUCAUACCCUCAAGAUUCACACUCUCAGGAUUCUUAUUCACAAGAUUCACAGGAUUCUACACAAGAUCAGUACCUAGAUGAUUCGUCUUUUUCUUAUUCUCAAUAUUCAUAUUUCUAG